AAGAAAAGAAAUCACUCUUUGUAGCAGAGAGAAUAAGACUAUCAAAGAUUGGUAUUACUGAAGACGAGCCUCUCCCGAUAUUCGUGUGUACGAUGACCUUUCCAGCCAUGACCUGCCCUUUACACAUCUUUGAACCAAAGUACAGACUCAUGAUGAGACGCUGCAUUGAGACCAACAGUCGGAGGUUCGGGAUGUGUGUCCCUUUAGACAGAGAAUGUAAUACCUAUGUUGAUUACGGUACAGUGUUAUUCAUCAGUUCAUUGGAGUACACUCCUGAUGGGCGGAGUCUCGUUACUACAGUGGGAGAGAGAAGGUUUAGGGUAAUAGAGAGGAGCACUAGGGAUGGGUACGCUGUUGCUAGGAUACAGUUCCUUAGCGACGAGGUGGACCCAGAUCAAGAAUCACUUGAUGCUCUCCAGGUUGAAGUGUAUGAGCAUUGCAACAAGUGGCUACAAGCACUGCCUCUUUUCACAAGAUUAAUGAUACUCCAAGCUAUGACCACAUGUGUUCCAAACAUUAAUGACCCUCCUACUUCUCACGAUGGACCCCUUUGGGUCUGGUGGUUCGUUAAUGCCAUGCCCGUAACUGUACGAAGCAAGCUAGAGUUUCUGCAGUGUACCUCAUUGAGGGAGCGGCUGAGACUACUCAAGGAAAUACUGCCACUCCCAUCUUAAUUAACUACCUGUUAAUUAACUAGUUGUUAAUUAAUCACUGGUUAAUUAACUGAUCUGUAUAUUAUUGAGUUGUUGUGCAUAUUUAUGUGUUUUGUGUUAUUAUUUAUUUAUCAUAACUGCUGCAUCAUUAAUUAAUAAUAUAUAAUUAUUAUUAUUAUUAUUGUUUUUCAGUCUCGUUUGAUUAUAUUUCUUUUCUCCAUUUCUUCCAUUUCUUUGAGUACAAAAGCAACACUGUA